AUGUGCCACUUUCAGGUCUCCUCACACUGCUGGUGGGUUCCAUUUUGUCAUAGGGUGCUGGCAGAUUACGGGCCUCCCAUUGCUGCUGCCAGGCCCGUAAUCUGCCAUGGGCCCCUGUACCGCCUCCUCAUGCUGCUGCCAGGCCCGUAAUGUGCCAUGGGCCCCUGUACCGCCUCCUCAUGCUGCUGCCAGGUCCAGAGUCUCUCAUGGGUCCCUGUACGGCCUCCCAUUGCUGCUGUCUCCAUCGCCACACUCUGCCAUGUGCCACUUUCAGGUCUCCUCACACUGCUGGUGGGUUCCAUUUUGUCAUAGGGUGCUGGCAGAUUACGGGCCUCCCAUUGCUGCUGCCAGGCCCGUAAUCUGCCAUGGGCCCCCGUACCGACUCCUCAUGCUGCUGCCAGGCCCGUAAUCUGCCAUGGGCCCCUGUACCGCCUCCUCAUGCUGCUGCCAGGUCAGAGUCUCUCAUGGGUCCCUGUACGGCCUCCCAUUGCUGCUGUCUCCAUUGCCACACUCUGCCAUGUGCCACUUUCAUGUCUCCUCACACUGCUGGUGUGUUCCAUUUUGUCAUAGGGUGCUG